AAUGAACUGUUGAAGUGUCCAAUGUGCGUACGGGAAUAAAUUCUCUUAACCUAAAUUAUUGAUAGCUUUAAUUUUCAUGAUAAACAAACUAAAUAAGUAAUUUUAUUUUCUUCCGCCAUAGCUAUAUCUGUAUUCUGUGCAUUCCGCGAAUGGAAUGUCAUUUACAUUGACGUGUGUAUCGCGCGAUAGCAGCAUUCAUAUUAUUUAAAUUGUGUGUUAAAUUUUAUUUGUUAAAAUUGUAUUUUACAUAAAUGAAUACAGUAUAACAGACAAAUGCCCGUGAUAUAUAAAUUGUAUAGUUAUUGAUCUCUUAAAACUGGCAGCCGCUGAUCGAAAAUUAAUUACUAAAACUAGAGUUUAAACAAAAUAAUCAAGACAAUAAUUACUCUUUAUUAAAUGUAAUAAGGGAUCAAGAAAUCAGACAGCAUUCAAGUAUUCAGGACAAGAUGGUGCAAUCAGUUUUUGGAGUAUGGGACUAUAUUAUAAUGGUUGCCACUAUGGUGUUAUCGGUACUUAUUGGCAUAUAUUUUCGAUUCAGCGGCGGAAAACAAAAAACAAAUGAGGAAUAUCUUCUAGCCGAUAGGAACAUGUCAAUAUUUCCCGUGGCGGUCUCCCUGGUAGCAUCAUUCAUGUCAGCUAUCACCCUCAUGGGAGUGUCAGCGGAGAACUAUUACCACGGCAUGAUUUUUUUUAUUGUGAACAUAGCCUAUGGCAUUGCGACUCCUAUAGCAGCCUAUUUCUACCUUCCAGUGUUUUUUGGUCUACAAAAAACAAGCACGUAUGAAUAUUUGGAAUUGCGUUUUGGGCCGAAUAUCCGGAUGUUGACAUCGCUUACCUACACACUGCAAAUGAUACUUUACAAUGGCAUUGUUCUGUAUGCCCCAGCGAUCGCUUUGGAAGCGGUGACAGGGUUGGACCGGCUUAUUUCUAUUUUAGUGGUUGGACUUGCCUGUACAUUUUAUUCGUCUUUAGGUGGAAUGAAAGCAGUGUUAUUUACGGAUCUAUUGCAAAUGUUUUUAAUGUUCGCUGCUGUUACAACUAUACCAAUAUUUGCCGCGAUUCAAAUGGGGGGAUUCGGCAAUAUAUUUUCUAUCGCCAAGGAAGGAGGCAGGCUUGACUUCUCGAAUAUAAGUCCUGAUCCAACAGAAAGACAUACAAUAUGGUCACUUGGUAUUGGUGGUUUUUUUACAUAUCUCUCCCUGUAUGCAGUUAAUCAUACUCAGGUGCAGCGCCUUAUGACUGUUAGUACUGUGGAAAAAUCUCAGAAAUGUCUAUUGUGGAGCUGGCCCGUCACAGUGCUAUUAAGUUUCGUUACUUGCUUAAGUGGGUUGGCGAUGUAUGCAGUCUACAAGGACUGCGAUCCGUUCGUAUCUAAGAAGAUAUCAGCAAUAGACCAGCUGAUGCCGUACUACGUGGUAGACGCGAUGCGCUCAGUGCCAGGUCUGGCAGGACUUUUCGUGGCGGGAAUCUUCAGCGCUUCUCUUUCCACCAUUUCCGCCUCUUGCAACGCGCUCGCUGCAGUCACUCUCACAGACUACGUUAACAGGUGGUGUAAAAUAAAGGAAGAAUACAUAAUAUGGCUGACGAAACUGGCUGCAUUUGCAUAUGGUUUAGUGUUCUUAGUGCUGGCAUUUUUGGCUCAAUAUUUGGGUGGAGUGCUGCAAGCAGCUCUUACGAUAUUUGGGGCUGUGGGUGGACCCUUAUUUGGAGUAUUUACUUUGGGGAUGUUCACAACGUACGCUACUGAAAUGGGCACAUCGGUAGCUUUAAUAAGCGGACUCUCAAUGACCUUAUGGACUAGUUUUGGGGGACCGCGGCCAUCACCUGUCAAGCUACCCCUUAACGUUGACGGCUGCACAAAUUUCACUGCACCCCUGGCGAUGACGUCAAACACAGAUUAUUUCUACCUGUACAAAUUAUCUUAUAUGUGGAAUAGUCCGUUAGGAUUUUUAUGGGUCUUCAUAGUGGGCUCUAUAAUAUCGCUUGUAUGGCGUCAGCCUCAACCCUGGAUGCGAGCGGGAAAGCGCCAUCCUGAUCCCAAACUUUUCACUCCUCCACUCGCCAACUGGCUGAGGAGGAAAUAUCAAAUUAAAGAAGAGGUUCAGAUUGACACUGGUGUGGUAUUAUAAUCAAGAAAUUUCUGACCAAGGGACUUAGACGAGUGUGAAUUAUUGAAACAAGACGGUGACUUCAAAUAACAUAUCUUUUCUUCUAAUGAUGUUUUAAUUAAGACAAAAAUAUACAAUUGAAAAUAAUGAGAUAAAUCAAAAAGCAAUUCUAGAACCGUCAAAACAGGCAAAGUUGCAGUAUUCUAUGGAAAGUUUAAGUUAAACACUGCCUUUACAUUAUAAAUGUAUAGAUAAGUGAACACAGAAAAAUAUAUUUUUUAUUCAUGUUACAUACACGAACGUUUUUAAUGAUUUUUGUUUUUGCGGAAGCCCUAAAAUAUUUAAUCCGGUAGAUGGCGCUCUUAAAAUAAAUCAGAUUUAUCACGCUGUACUAACACUAAUUUGUCUUCAAUAAUACAAAUGGUCAGAGAUACUUUUUAUCUAAAGAACUACGUAUACUUUAAGUGCUAUAGGUAAAGCAGUGUAAUCAGAUUGAUUUAGUUUUUAGUGUGUGAGUGAAUUUGUAUUGUACUUAAAAAAUGUGGUACCUAUGUGGAAAGUAGGUAAAAUUUGUUUUUAAAUUUACGAGUUAUAUAAUUAAUUAUACAGACACAAGUGCGUGCCUUAAGCUUCAAUUUGUGCUUCCUUCAUUUGACGAAAAUGUGUAAAACAUAUCAAUCACCAUGGACUUUACAUUACAAUGUCUAGAUAAUCAGAACUAGUGCUUAGCAUAUACUCAGUUACGUUGGCUAUUUUAUGUAAGUUUACAUAGUAAUAAAAUAUAUAUUAAAGUAUUCUGUUAUUGACGUGAGGUCGACCCAAUGUCGUUAAUUUGUUUAAAAAGAUAGCAAACUAUAAAAGUUUGCUAUCGAUGUAAUUGAUAAAUCAAAUUUGUUAUAAGUACUGGCGUUCUUUUCCAUUUUACAUAUAAGUCAUAUGACUUAAUCACCAUUCCGUUCCUAAAACUCAUAUUUAAAAUACACUCGCCGACUUAUGGCACAAGGUCAAGUUUAUAGGUUCGUGAACUUUGAGCGGUGAAUGAACCGACGUUUGAUUUUUUUAACUGUAUUACCAUAAAUAUACGCAUAGCCAUAUACUGAACUAUUUUUAUCAUUAGCUUUAAUUAAUAAAUGUAAUAUUGAGUUUUUGAAUAAUGUCAUGUUCCAGACAUUUAAAAUGUAUUUUUAUUAACUUUUCACAGGUAGCUCAAAUGUACAUAAAUAUAUAAUUUACUUGAAUAUUUGUUGGUUUUUAGUUCCUAUGGUGAAAUGUUGUGUUUUGUAGGUGCAUGUAAAGAAAAUACAGCCAUUAGAUUAUUGCUAUACAGAUUUUAAAUAAUGUGUAUCAAAAUGUAUUAUUUGAUAAAUUAAAUACUAUUUUGUAUCUACUUAUAUUAUAAACAUUAUAAUUAUUAAAGACAAUAAUUCUUACAAUAUCUCUAAUUAUUUCUGACGUUUCUUAAUUAUUAUUGUAGUUUACUCCAGUAUUUAAAAGUUUUUUUUCCAUGUACCUAUUUAGUUAUCUUAAUGAAAAUGUGUAAAAGGUAAUACUUAAUUUAUUAUUACAGUGUUAUUGCUGUUGUUGGCACUACUUAAAAGCGAUUAUAAAUGUACUAUUAGGGGGUUUGUGACAAUACAAUUUAUUU